AUGUCUUCCUUCCAAGGCAAAGUUAUCGCGGUAACCGGCGCCGGCUCCGGCAUGGGGCUCGCAACAGCUCAGCUCUUAGCCUCCCGCGGCGCUAAACUAUCAUUGGCGGAUAUCAACGAGGACUCUCUAAAGGAGGCGAUCUCGUCUCUGGAAGACAGCGCAAGCCAUAUGUACGAGGUUGUUGACGUAAGAAAGGGCGACGUCGUCAACACUUGGAUCCAGAACACGGUGAAGAAGUUUGGCAGGCUGGACGGUGCUGUCAACAUGGCCGGCGUCAUCACCCACGCGGCCCCCGUCGCGGAGCUUACAGACGAGGACUGGGAUUUCGUCUUUGAAGUCAAUGCUAAAGGAGUUUUCAACUGCCUGAGGUCACAGUUGGGAGCCAUGUCUGCCGGAGGUAGCAUCGUAUCUGCGGCGAGUGUGUUCGGUCAAUUUGGAGCUCCUGGUAACGCAGCAUACUGCGCCAGCAAAGCAGCUGUCAUCGGGUUGUCAAGAACAGCGGCCAAAGAAAACCAAGAGAUUCGCGUUAAUUGCGUGUCGCCCGGUUCUGUCAACACGCCAUUGUCUCGUGGAGAAAAUCCCGAAGAUGUGAAGCGUGGUCUACAAGUCACCGCACAAAAGAGAAGAGCAGAGCCUAUCGAGGUGGCUCACGUUAUCGCAUUUCUGCUCAGCGAUGAAGCUUCUUUCGUGACAGGAGCCGUAUAUAAUGUUGAUGGCGGCUGGGUAUGCUAA